GACAAGGCAGCCUCGGAGCCAUGCCGCGGAGUCCCACGUCCAGCGAAGAUGAGAUGGCCCAGAGCUUUUCCGAUUAUUCGAUGGAGUCCGAGUCGGACAGCUCCAAAGAGGAAACCAUCUAUGACACCAUCCGGGCGACCUCGGAGAAACCCACGGUCAAGAUGGAGGAGAGCCAGGGCAACACUCUGGUCAUUCGCGUCAUCAUCCAGGACCUGCAGCAGACGAAAUGCAUCCGAUUUAACCCAGAUGCUUCUGUGUGGGUGGCAAAGCAGCGGAUUCUAUGCACCUUGAACCAGAGUCUCAAGGAUGUUCUCAACUACGGGCUGUUCCAACCUGCCAGCAAUGGGAGAGACGGGAAGUUCUUGGACGAGGAGCGCCUCCUCAGGGAGUACCCGCAGCACGUGCCCAAAGGAAUCCCUUCUCUGGAGUUCCGGUACAAAAGGCGGGUGUACAAGCAGGCGAAUCUGGAUGAGAAGCAGCUGGCCAAGCUCCAUACCAAGACAAACCUGAGGAAAUGCAUGGACCACAUCCAGCAUCACUCAGUGGAGAAGAUCUCCAAGAUGCUGGAGAGGGGCCUGGAUCCCAACUUCCAUGACACGGACACGGGAGAAACGCCGCUGACUCUAGCAGCCCAGCUCGACAACUCCGUGGAGGUGAUCAAAGCUCUAAAAAACGGAGGAGCCCACCUGGAUUUCCGAGCCAAGGACGGAAUGACCGCCCUCCACAAAGCGGCCCGAGCCAAGAACCAGGUGGCCCUCAAGACCCUGCUGGAGCUCGGCGCCUCUCCGGACUAUAAGGACAGCUACGGCCUCACGCCCCUCUACCACACGGCCGUCGUCGGAGGCGACCCCUACUGCUGCGAGCUGCUCCUGCACGAGCACGCCACGGUCGGCUGCAAGGACGAGAACGGCUGGCACGAGAUCCACCAGGCCUGUCGCUACGGCCACGUCCACCACCUCGAGCACUUGCUGUUCUACGGAGCCGACAUGGGGGCCCAGAAUGCCUCCGGGAACACGGCCCUGCACAUCUGUGCCCUUUACAACCAGGACAGCUGUGCUCGAGUUUUGCUGUUCCGUGGAGGCAACAAGGAAUUAAAGAAUUACAAUAGCCAGACGCCAUUCCAGGUGGCGAUAAUCGCAGGCAACUUUGAGCUGGCUGAGUACAUUAAGAACCACAAGGAAACAGAUAUUGUGCCAUUCAGAGAGGCCCCGACGUACUCGAACCGGCGGCGGAGACCCCCGAGCACGCUGGCGGCCCCCCGCGUCCUGCUGCGCUCCAACAGUGACAACAACCUCAACGUGAACAAUCUCCCCGAGUGGUCCGUGUGCUCCUCGGCCUCCUCCCACCGCAGCCUUUCGCCCCAGCUCCUGCAGCAGAUGCAGGGCAACCCAAAUGGCACAGUGAAAACCAUCGGGAGCUACACGCCGGGGCCUCGCAGCCGCUCCCCGUCGCUGAACCGGCUCGCGGAAGAUGCCAGGAGGCAGCAGCAAGUCCCGCCCGCGCCGCAGCGGCACCUCAGCGCCGGCUUCGCUCCUGGUGCCGCCAAGGAUGCCAUGUCCGCCUUUGACUAUCCGGGUCCCAAGCGCAAGCUCUACAGCGCUGUGCCCGGGAGACUGUUUGUUGUCGUAAAGCCAUAUCAACCUCAAGUCGAUGGAGAGAUCCACCUUCACCGGGGGGACAGGGUCAAAGUGCUGAGCAUCGGGGAAGGCGGCUUCUGGGAAGGCAGCACGCGGGGACACAUCGGGUGGUUUCCGGCCGAUUGUGUGGAGGAAGUCCAGUGCAAACCGAAUGAGAGCAAACCAGAGACUCGCACUGACCGCACCAAGAAGCUCUUCCGACACUACACGGUGGGCUCCUACGACAGCUUCGACGCCUCCAGUGACUGCAUUAUCGAGGAGAAGACCGUGGUCCUGCAGAAGAAAGACAAUGAGGGCUUCGGCUUCGUGCUGCGCGGGGCGAAAGCUGACACCCCGAUCGAAGAGUUUACCCCGACGCCGGCGUUCCCCGCCCUGCAGUACCUGGAGUCUGUGGAUGAAGGAGGAGUAGCGUGGCAGGCGGGCCUGAGAACCGGUGACUUCCUCAUCGAGGUAAACAAUGAGAACGUUGUCAAAGUCGGUCACAGACAGGUGGUGAACAUGAUCCGCCAAGGAGGGAACCACUUAAUCCUCAAGGUUGUCACGGUAACCAGAAACCUCGAUCCUGAUGACACAGCCAGGAAGAAAGCCCCUCCGCCUCCCAAGCGAGCGCCGACCACAGCCCUGACCUUGCGGUCUAAAUCUAUGACCUCCGAGCUGGAAGAGCUUGAUAAAGUCGACGAGGUCGUUCCGGCUGCCAAGCCAUCGAGGACGGCAGAAAACGUGACCGUGGAGUCGAGAGUGGCGACCAUCAAGCAGCGGCCGACCAGCAGGUGCUUCCCGUCCGUGGCGGACAUGAACUCCAUUUACGAGCGGCAAGGAAUCGCUGUGAUGACCCCCACGGUCCCGGGAAGUCCAAAGGCCCCGUUCCUGGGCAUCCCUCGAGGUACGAUGAGAAGGCAGAAAUCAAUAGACAGCAGAAUCUUUCUCUCAGGAAUAACGGAGGAAGAGCGCCAGUUCCUGGCCCCCCCCAUGCUCAAGUUCACCAGAAGCCUCUCCAUGCCCGACACCUCCGAAGACAUCCCUCCUCCGCCGCAGUCCCUGCCUCCUUCGCCGCCGCCGCCCUCCCCCACCGCCUACAAUUCUCCCAAGUCCCCGACGGCCAGAGCCUACGGGACCAUCAAGCCCCCCUUCAAUCAGAAUUCGGUCCCCAAGGUGUCCCCCUCCCCUCGGCCGGAGACCAUCGGCACGGUGAUGCGGGAGAAGGGCCUGUACUACAGGCGGGAGCUGGACCGCUACUCCCUGGACUCGGAGGACCUCUACGGCCGCAACGCCGCCGCCCAGGCCAACUUCCGGGCCAAGCGGGGCCAGAUGCCGGAGAACCCCUACUCGGAGGUGGGCAAGAUCGCGAGCAAGGCCGUGUACGUCCCCGCCAAGCCGGCCCGGAGGAAGGGGAUGCUGGUGAAGCAGUCCAACGUGGAGGACAGCCCCGAGAAGACCUGCUCCAUCCCCAUCCCCACCAUCAUCGUCAAGGAGCCGUCCACGAGCAGCAGCGGCAAGAGCAGCCAGGGGAGCAGCAUGGAGAUCGACGCGCAGGCCGGCGAGCCCCCCGGGCAGCUGCGGCCGGACGACAGCCUGGGCGUCAGCAGCCCCUUCGCCGCGGCCAUCGCCGGGGCCGUGCGGGACAGGGAGAAGAGGCUCGAGGCCCGGAGGAACUCCCCGGCCUUCCUCUCCACGGACCUGGGGGAUGAGGACGUGGGGCUGGGCCCGGGGCCGCCCGUGCCCAGGGCCAGGCCUUCCAAGUUCCCGGAGGACGAGGUGUUCGGCGGCGAGGACGGCCUGGGCCAGCCGCCGUCGCCCACGCCGGGGGAGCCCGAGGACCACCUGGGCGGCGGCGAGGCCGGGAGUCAGAGCGACCCGGGCGGCGCGAGGACCUUGAACUCGGUCCCCAAAGCCAAAGGUCCCGAGAACAGCGCGGUGCCGGCCGCCAAGGGCGGGAGCGCGGCGGGCCCCGAGAACUACGUCCACCCCCUCACCGGGAGGCUUCUGGACCCCAACUCCCCGCUGGCUCUGGCCCUCUCAGCCCGGGACCGAGCCCUGAAGGAGACUCAGCAGGGGGGCGGCAAGGGGGAGGCGCCCAAGGCGGACCUGAACAAGCCGCUGUACAUCGACACCAAAAUGCGUCCCGGCAUGGAGCCGGCCUUCCCCUCGGUGGGCCGGCCGGGCGCGCGGGGCCCGCUGCGGAGGCAGGAGACGGAGAACAAGUACGAGCUGGACAAGGACAGGAGGGGCGACGAGAAGAAGAACAUGCUCAUCAGCAUCGUGGACACCUCCCAGCAGAAGACGGCCGGCCUGCUCAUGGUGCACACCGUGGACGCCGCCAAGGCCGAGGACUCCCCCGAGGAGGAAGAGGAGAAGGCCGACGGCGGCGCCGAGCCCGGGAGCUCCCCCCCGGCGGCGCCCGAGAGCGUUCCCGAAACCGAAGGUGCUUUACAGGUCGCCGGCCCCGCCAAGGCGAUGGCGGCGGCGGGCUCCGUGGACGAGCCCGUGGUCUUGCCCUUCCGGAUCCCGCCCCCUCCGCUGGCCUCCGUGGAUCUCGACGAAGAUUUUAUUUUUACGGAACCGUUGCCUCCGCCCCUCGAGUUUGCAAACAGUUUUGAUAUCCCUGACGAUCGGGCCGCGCCCACCCCCCCUCCCCCGGAGCCGGGGAAGCCGAGGAAAGACUCCCCCCCGUCCCCCACCCUCGCCCCCGGCCCGCCCGCCAACUCCGUGGACGGGAAGAAGCCGGCGGGCCUCUCAAACUGUCUGCCGGCCUCGUUCCUGCCGCCCCCCGAGAGCUUCGACAACGUGGCCGACUCCGGGAUCGAGGAGGUGGACAGCCGGAGCAGCAGCGACCACCACCUCGAGACCACCAGCACUAUCUCCACCGUGUCCAGCAUCUCCACCCUGUCCUCGGAGGGCGGGGAGCCCCUGGACACGUGCACGGUCUAUGCAGAUGGGCAGGCGUUUAUGGUCGACAAGCCCCCCGUGCCUCCGAAGCCAAAAAUGAAGCCCGUGAUCACCAAAAGCAACGCGCCCCACAGAGAGGCCCUGGCGGAGGAGGGCGCCGACGGCUUCGCGCUGCCCCUGCCCGCGCAGGCCCCGCCCCUGCCGCCCGCGGGGACCGCCAAGGCCCUCCAGCAAAGGACCUCCAAGCUCUGGGGGGACAUCCCCGAGGUCAAAAGCCCCAUUCUCUCAGGCCCCAAGGCGAACGUCAUUAGCGAAUUGAAUUCAAUCCUGCAGCAAAUGAACCGAGAGAAAUCCACGAAACCCGGGGAAGGAUUGGAUUCGCCGACCGGAACCAAAACCGCCAGCCUCAGUACGAGGAGCACGGACGUCAUGAGCACCGUCUCAGGGACGCGGAGCACGACGGUCACCUUCACCGUCCGCCCUGGCACCACCCAGCCCAUCACCCUGCAGAGCCGGCCACCGGACUACGACGGCAGGACCGCCGUCACGAGACGCGCCCCGAGCCCCGUGGUGUCCCCCACGGAGAUCGCCAAGGAGGCCCUGGCCGCCCCCCUGACGGCCGUCUCCGCCGCGGCCCCUUCGCCCACCCUGCCCGAGGUUUUUAGCCUUCCGAGCCAGCCAUCUUCGGGGGACUUGUUUGGCUUGAGCGCGGCAGCGCGCAGCAGGUCCCCGUCUCCCUCGAUACUGCAACAGCCAAUCUCAAAUAAGCCUUUUACAACUAAACCUGUCCACCUGUGGACCAAGCCCGACGUGGCUGAUUGGCUGGAAAGCUUAAACUUGGGUGAGCAUAAAGAGACCUUCAUGGACAAUGAGAUCGACGGCAGUCACUUACCAAACCUCCAGAAGGAAGACCUCAUAGACCUCGGAGUGACUCGGGUCGGCCACCGGAUGAACAUCGAGAGAGCGCUGAAGCAGCUGCUGGACAGAUAAGGACGCCCGCUCCUUCCGCCUUCACGGACUUCUGCUUAUAAGUAGAGAUGGGCUUGCGCUGCAACCGCCGAGGCCUCCUGGGCCCUGAGCCCCACCACCCCCGGCUCUGUCCACCUCCUGUCGCCCAAAGAAAGUCCGAGCGCGUCUCGGAGCCCAGGUCCACCAGCCCCCCACGCCCGGCCCGAUGCUCACCUGGCGGCCGGCCAGGCCGGGCCCGGGCACCGGCGCCACUCCCUUCAGUCAAGGGGAGGAAGGGGAAGGGGGUUAAAAUGGGUUUCCAGCCUGCCCCCCCACUCUGGGGGCAAGUGACCUCCCUUGCUCCUCCCAGGCCCAGAAGCCAGCCCCGCGAGGGGCUCGGCCGGAUGCCUCCCGAGCUGCUCCUCCCUUGGUUCUGACCGGCUCCUGACCCUCCCGGUCCCAGCACCGGCUCCCACUCAUCCCCCCUCCCCUUUCUCAGUGCGUACAUGCUCACUUACUUCCUUGUUUUCGGAGCGGUUUGCUUGCAAUAGAACCAGACCCGGAGCUCGCUCGCUCUCUCAGACGGCCGUCCGGGGCUCCCCAGGCCCCCCGCAGGGUCUCCUCCCUGGGGCUGUAGCCAUAGCUGUCAGGCAGAAGGUGGAGUCUCUCCCCCAGAUCGGGCCCUGCUUGGUCACCUUUAUUUCUUGAUUUCUGCAAAUAAACCUAUUUCGCAUAUUUCCCAGGUGGCCAACCCAGGCCACAUGGACUAGGCAAAGCACACAGCCACGAUUGGGAGACGGAAGGGGAGACUCACACCCGGGAGCCGAGCGGGCCCCAAGCCGCCUCUCCGCCAGACCCAGGGCUUCCCAUCGGGAAGCUGGCCGGGCCAACAGGAGGUCCCCUCCCCUCCCUUUUCUGCUCUCGAGCCUUUGUUUUGUCUUUAGACCCCAUCGAGGCGGAAGGAGGUGAGCAUGUACCUUGACCCAAGGACAAUCAAAAAAAUGAGGUGAACCAGGGGCCACGUGGUGCUACCUGGACCGCGGAGUCUUUGUCGGGAGCUGCGUCCGGGGCUCCAGGAUCCCCGUCCUGAGCCCUCGCAAGGUUGAGGAGUCAUGCUAGGACAGCCCCGUGCUGUCUAGGGCCCGGGAGAGCAGCAUGCUGAGAGGUCUCCCUUCCUCUUUGGACCUCAGGGAAUCUCUCCGGCUUCCUGAGAAGCGGCGCUGUGAGAGGGCAGAAGGUGGACAGGACCCGGGGUGGAGAGGAGGAGCCAAGUCGUGAGUGGGGAUUGAAGGAGCAGAAAUGGAGGCAUCGGAAUGGGGGCAUCUCCAAGGGGCUAGGAAAGAUGCUGGUCACUUAGAAACAGAGGGAGAUCACCCUGACUGCCAACUUUUCUAGAUCCUCUUCCAUGUCUCUCUCUCCUGCCCCUCAUUUCCCUGACUCUGCACAGGCCCCCAAAAGUUCCUCCCCCAGUAACAGGCCCUCUCAUCCCCAAGGGAGGUUGUCCACUGCCCACAGCUAGCCAGUGUCCUGCCAGGCUUCCAGUGUAUCCACUCUCGAAUCUGGAAGUGGCCCAAAUGUUCGGUUUUGCUUUUUGCUUUUUUUUAAUUUUCUACUCCAGAUUAGCCCAGCCCAUCUCUAGUUAUAAAACAAGACUUUUUUUUUCUUUUUCUUUCUUUUUAUUACUUUUGCUCACAAUCAAGUGUCUGAUUAGGUCUGCAGCAGCCCUCGAAUGAGAACAGCAAAUUUACCAAUUUAAUUCUUUCUUUACUGCAAGUUUAAAUAGUUGUAUAGAUAGUUUAUAAGCACAAUAUUUUAAGAGAAAAAAAAAAGCAGUGGCUGGUCUACUAGGCAGCCUUUGUGCUAGGAAGUUAAAGAAAACAAACUUUGGUGAUUUAAUACUAAUAAUACUAUUUCUGUGGAAUAAUUCUAAAGAGUAUGACCUUUUUAAAUCAACCUUAUUUGGAUGCGUCUGAACCAGCAGAGCUGUGUUACGUUUUCUAUCUUUACUAGAACUUCAUCACCGAAGGACAAAUGUUUCUUCAAAAGCGGUCCCCGAUUCACCGAGCGGCGGUCAGCCAGUCGGGUGCUCCCCAGUCCCAAAACCAACAAAAAGCCACUCCUUUCCAGCCCCUCCUCCCCUUUCCAUCCACCGCACCCCCAACUCUGGAAAACCAAUCUUUCUUUUGACUUUGCCUCUGUUCUGAUCCCCUUUGCAGGUCAAUCUUUGUAUUUGGAAGUUCCAACCUAACUUGUAAUAAAAAUAAUGCAUUCAGGCAUUUUCCUUCAGAGUACUUUCGAUUUUUCCAUAGGGAGACGAACAUUGCUGUGGAGGAACUUGGAGACUCGAGGCAGUUAGCGGAGGUGCCACAAUAUUUCAGAAUGUGUAAAAAAAAAAAAUGGUACUUUAGCCAUCAUUUGUCUUCCAUUUGGUGAGAUGACAGAAUUCAGUCAAUAAACCACUAGCAAUCAGGCUCUUUUCCUUCCUUUGCUUUCCGCUGGUGUUGCCUCCGCGCACUGUGUCAGGUCCAACGUGAGCCCAGACGUAGGAAAGGGACUCGGCCAGGUGACUCGCAGGCCGCCGCUGUUUAAUCCCACCUUUGUUUAAUUUAGGUUUCUUGAGUUGUGGCCUCCGCCGGUGGGGACCCUUUUGUCCCGCGCCCGCGGACCUUUGCAGACACUUAACAGCCUCCAUGUGGGGUCAGCAGUCGAAAGCAGAUGGAAACAUUAAAGAGCUACUGAAAUAGUUUAUUUUUACAUCGUGUCUUAUAGUAUCAGAGUAAUGGGGCUGCCCAAGGGCCUGCUUUGACCAAUAAAAUACUUGUUUGCCAAGACAAAUCCGUCUAGCUCUGUUUGAUGAGUUUGCUCCCCUCAGCAAUAGCUCCUAGCUCAGAGAGCCCCCUCCUCCUCCUCCUCCUCCCCCUGCUUGGGGAACAUCAGGCCUAGGCCCUAUUCAUGAUCCUCUUUACCAGUGGAGCCGAGUGUUAAAUACCGGGUCUACUCAAAGAGACAUGUGAACUGUGGUCCUCUAGGUUUUAGGAUAAACUUUUGCUAUAUACUGUACUUUAAAUAAACUGUAUUUAAUGCCUA